AGUAUUGGACUUCUAUUUGGUAUAAAUUGUUGGUUCAUUUUGUGUAUAUGAAUUGACUAUAAACAAUUGUUGUGGAGUACCUUUAUCUGUGUAUGACUUGUGUGCUGUUUGUGUUCCUGUAGAGAUUUGCUUUGGAUUGUUGAUUGCUUUCAAUUCAAACCUUGAUUGAGCUGUUCGUGUGUACUUUCUUUCGUGGUUAGGAGCUUUAACCCCAUUUCGUGGGUACAAACUUCAUGGAUGAUGAGUACCUGUAGAUGAGACUGCGUUACUAUGGACCACGUGUACUGUUGACACUUUGUGUAUUGACCAUCGGUAUAGUUAUCAUUAUGGACCACAAUCACCACCAACACCAUCACCAUGGUCAUGACAUGACCACCACACCAGCUGACCACCAUGAGCACAGUAUUGUUCAUCAAACAGAUCAUAACCACUUUUUGCAUGCUGGCCACGAAAAUGCACAGCACCAUGAAAUUGAUCAUCACCCAAUGUUUUUCAACUUCAACUGGGGUGGAACUGUGCUGUUUGAAUCAUUUACAUUGGACUCAAAAACUGGAGUCUUCUGUCUGAUCCUGAUGACGAUCGUCAUUGGAAUCCUUUAUGAGGCUGUCAAGUACCUACGUCAGUACAUCCACAGAGACGUCACAGUGGCUGAAUACUCGAUAAGGAGCCGUGAGCACCUUCUACAAACACUGCUGUACGUGGUCCAGAUGGUGUGCAGUUACAUUCUGAUGCUGGCGGUGAUGACGUACAAUGUAUGGGUGAUCGUCACCAUGUUGAUUGCCCUGGGAGGGGGCUUCUUCGUGUGUGGCUGGAAGAACAAUCAGAUAGGUGGUCUGGAUAUUGAGGCCCCCUGUCAGCAUGAGUGCCACACCUCCCCUGUUAAACAGGAACUCGGGCACAAUGAGUUCCGCGAGUCCGAACUGGAGCCUCUGAGAGAAGGCAUGGAGACGCAUCCUGAUCUUGACAUUAGCAACACAAGAGAGACGAAGAUCUAACUUUAAUAUCAUGGUCGUUAAGGAGGCAACAUUGAAUUGUUUAUAAUAACAUACCAAGAUCUGAAGUUGAUUUUGGGACAACUUGAGGGAAACCAUAGAGAAUUUUAUGAAAGAGUAAUUGAAUUUGUCACUCCGUUUUGAUGUAGACAGAAAUCUCAACCUGAUAGCAAGAUGUUUAACUUAAGCACAUGGCUUUUCCAAGUGCUUAUCUUUAAAUAGUUGAUCCCAGCGGUUGAGAUUUCCCUGUCUGCAUCACAUACAUGUAAGAGUAAUAGAUUUCUUUUUCUCCCACACUUUCUUAACGUAAUAAUAUGUAAUGGUGAACCUAUUGGACUAAACCGUCAUCAUGUGAUACUUAUAAAUAAUGACGCCACCCAGGUUACAUUGCAUAAAGUGAUUAGGCAAUUGUGAAACUUUCAGAAUAAUAGCGUGUGUGAGCUGUUUUUCCUCGAUACAUAAGUAUAUAGGUAAAGACAGCUUUACAUUUUAUCCUGGUAUAGAUAGGAAUGUAACCUAUGAAGUUUGAGAGAAAUAUAUUUUUGAAGCUAACAUGGUAUUAUACGUGUUGAUAAUACUGCAGAAAUACCACCUUUAUUUUUGGGGAUGUGAUAAUUGUAUUACAUAUUGAGAUUGGAAAUAGACUACAUUAGUAUUUUGUAACUGUUACUGUUGACGGACCAUAUUUUGUGAGAUCCCUGAAUCCCACCUUAGUGCAUUUUGUCAAGUGUUGUACUGUACUACUGUAUAUAACGAAACAACUGAUUGGUCGACUACUGUAUAUAACGAAACAACUGAUUGGUCGACCCAUUUAGUCAACUGACACCGUCCUAGCUGAGUUUUGGUACACACAUGACUUGUACCUUCUAAUUGAGAUUUGCCGCUCACAAAUAACAUGUAAAACUAACAUUCUGGUCAUUUGUUUAAUUUUCACAUGCAGUGACCUCAGAUUAAGUAUGAUAUAAAACGGAGUUUGAUGCAGCCAUUGUGAUUAUAUCUUGUUGUUACUAUUAGCUACACAAUACUGUAUACUGGGAAACUUUCACUGCAGUUAACUUCCGCCUUUUUCAUCCUCCGUAAUGAGGGUGAAUUUAUCACAAUAGUGAAAAUAAGCACACAACAUACCAUAUACAUAGUAAUGACAUGUGAAGGGCCAAAAAAAAAACUUCUUGAAAAAACAAUUAUAUCAUGAUCAGUGAAGGUCGAAAAUUUAACAAGGUGAAGGUUUUCCAGCCUGCAGUAUAUCACCUUUAUGUUUGUUCCUGUGAUGCUGAAUGUAUUGAAAGAUUGUCUAUUGUUCUAAAAAAGAUUUUUUGAUGGAUUUUCUUUGUUUAAGGGUGGUUUACGGUUUUCAAAAACUACAAAAUGGAAAGUAUAUACAUGUUUGUGAGACAAUGUCAAUUGUUAUAAAAAAGAAUUUUUGAUGGAUUUUCUUCGUUUAAAGGUGGUUUACGGUUUUCAAAAACUACAAAAUGGAAAGUAUAUAUUAUAUAUGUUUGCGAGACAAUGUAAAAGCCUGAAGUGUAUUAACUCUUUCACCCCUGUAGACACAUUUAAACUCUUCCAAUUCAAAGCUUGGAAAAGUUCAUUAUGAAAUUUCAGGGGUGAAUGAGUUAAGCUAGCUAUUGCUAUGUUUUAUUUGUUCAUGGGCCAAAGAAGUUUAGAACGCAGACAAGAAAAGUUCUGUACAAUCAUGAAACCUUGUUGGUACCCUCAAUAACAGUAUUUUUUGUGUAAAAUAUGUCUUUGAUACACAUUUGUACCAUCAAACUUGAUUCAUUUAUACGUAUAAUCAUUGUACUACGCAUGUUAGUGUAAUAAACAUGUUCAAUACGCCACACGUUUUUCAAUAUGCUACACAUAGUAAAUUCCACUUUAGAUGUUAAAUCUACUUCACAUAUUUACAGUACGGAACAUGUUAACAUUAUAUACAUAUAAAGUAUUAAUGGCUCUGCCAUAAUUGCAGGAUCAAAUCUUGAAUGUUAAGAUACACAGCAAAUAUAUCCGAACACAAAUCUAGUUGACUUUCUGUAAUUUGUUGAUUUUAUGUCGGUAUAAAUAUUUUUGUGAGGCUAUUGAGAGUUGGUUGUUAAUUCUGGGUUGAACAUUUUAAAGUGCCAGCAGCAACCAUGCUUUAUUGUGAAGUUAUUGAAAUUAAUAUAUUGGGAAUGGAAUAAUGUGUGAUGCAUUACCUUAUUUAGUAACAUACAGUAAAACAUGAUUUACCUGGAACUUGCUUAAUAUGAAAUUGUGCUCAAAACACAGUUAAGUACCAUAUUUAAUAGGACCAUGCAUUUUUAAACAUACUGACCAGGAACAAAGAUAUUUUGCUCAUAACAAAGUUGUAUAUGUGUCUCUUGGCAUGUAGCAUCAAACAUGAUGGCAAACCUUGGGCUGUAGUUAACUAAUUUCUUAGGUUCCUGGGGUUGAUUGUAAACAUGUUUGACUGUAUCCAGUUUUAUACAUGCAUUUAAUUUUAUGUGAGAAUGACAAAUUCAGUAUUUGCACAUCUUCGAUAUUAUGUAGCUAAAAUGUCAUUGCCUUUAUUUAGGCAAAAAAAUAUAAAAUAAGUAAAAUACAUGUCUUUUGAUCUUUGAGUUGUAUGGUCGAUAUUGACAAUGUACUCUAUAUGCUAUGUACUUCACAGAGUGUGCAGGUUUUGUGUAAACUACGGUCCAGUCAGUUACCACUUGUGAGGUUGAUUGUAAAUGCUGUUUUUACGUCGAUAAAGACAAAAUAUUUUUGUGUUACUUAUGGUGCGAUGUAUAUACAAAUGGCCUAUGGGGGUUGUGCAGAUAGGUUUUGCCUUUACCUGCCUGUAUUCAUAGUAACAGUGUGUUUUGAAAUUUCUAGUUGUCUUCAAUAAAACAAAUCAGGAAUGUUUUAAGAAUAAUGUACAUGCAGUUAAUUAUUAUUAAGUGAUGUUUAAUUAAAAACAUUUGUUUCAAUAAGCAUGCAUAACAAACUUGCCCUUAGUCUCAGUUUAGAACCUAGUUUAGUGUUUUUACUGCGGUACUAACAUUUUGUUUUAAAGAACAGCAUUGAAAUGAAAAGAUUAUUGGUGUACCAUUGGGUUUUCUUUAGACAUGGUUCACUGAAGUAAUUGAAGUGCAUUGUUAUUGUCAAAAUAAUGUUAUUUUACAUAGUGUACCUUUCUAUAAGGACAGUGCAAUUCAUAUUUCAAAUACACAGGUACAUGUAUAUUUAAAAUGAAGUUUUUACCUCAAAAUGUCCAAAUGUAUGAAUAUAUCUGUUAGUUGUAUGAUGAGCUAGACUUGGACUAUGUCAAACUUGCCAGCAUACCAGCAGGUUUAGGAAACAUGGAUAGAUCUGUAAGUCAGAUUAGUGCUGAGAAUGGUGCAGAAGUAUAGCAAAGUGCUAAUGAUGCUGUUAUAUUGUGCAAUAAACAAAUAUUGAUAACAUGCAAACAAUCAUUAUUUUUGUAUACCUAAAGAAUACUGGGUAUAUUCAUUGUUUCUUGGUCACCUUUUUGUAUAUAAAAAAUAUUCAUUGUAGUCAGUUAUUUGUAUACAUAAAGUGUAUUCAUUUUUUAUGAAUACUGGUCAACUAGUUCUUGUUGUAAGCCACUUUCAGUAGCUUCAGGUAAUUUCAGUUAUUUGUUAUAAGUACCAGUCAGGACUAUCAACCCCUCUAUUGACUGUCCCUCCCACCAAUAACUAGAUCUGCAUGCCUGCCAGAAAGUAUAAUUUUGUUUGCCUCCAAGUUAUCUGCCAUCCGCCACCCCCUGUAACUAUCUGCCCCCUCGAGGUCCCUGGAGUAACUAAUGCCCCCCUCCCCUAACUAUCUGCCCUUUGAGGUCCCUCGAGUAACUAUCACCCUUCCAGUAACACAGUAUUGCCUGCCAGUAAGUAUCAAGUCCUCAAAUAAUAAGCUAUCAUCCUGCCGAAAACAUUGUCUUUCACCGUUAUGUCGGGUUACGUUUUUACAAAAAGGGUUAUAUGGUUAUAGUAUAAGGUAUGUUAUAAUGUUUUUAUCCUUUAUUACACAUUUUCUUUCGCUUAAACCCAAAUAAAUUCAAUCAUAACUAUUUUUGGAUAAAUUUUUGAUUUACAUUAUAGCGUCUGUUCAAUCUGUUAACAGGGAUUAACUAUAUGCUUGUAAAAAUCAUCAUCUUGUUUAAGGUUUAUUUAAAAUGCCUCAAAAAGAGAAGGAUUUAUUGAUUUGAUUACUAUGGUGUUAAAAAAACAAGAAAUUUCCAAAUUAUGUUUAGUUAGUCUAAUACUACAGAGCAUUCGGCUAGAUAUUUGAUACCAAGCAGUAUUUUCCGUUUAAGUGGUAAUCAACUGUAUAUUUCAGUAUGUAAACAAUUGAAUACUAGCUCAUUUGAAUGAAAAAAAUUUCAUUGUGCAUACUCAACUGGUUAAAAGUUGACAGUCAAUUCAUAAAUCAAGUUGAAUCUCCACAGGUUUACCCUCGGUUUUGAGCAUUUUAGAAUUUUGUGUAGUGUUUUUUCACCUGUACCUCGUUGUAGAAUGAGAAAGGUAAUUUUUCAAAGUGUUGUCACUCUUUAAAUAUUCAAUCUAACUUUGUGAUUUGAACUCCUUGAAACUUAAUUCGGUGAUUUGGUAUAUACAUACAUGUAUAUCUUAGUGUUUUCAUGAUCAUACAUGUCUGAAAAAUGCAUUUAUUUUGAACUGUUUUCAAAGUCUGCCUUAUUUGGAGAGAAUAGAUCUUGUAUAUUUCUUGUUGUGGACUUGUGGCAGCUAUUUCUGUAAUGUGUAACUUAGCACUGCUCUUUCAUUCAACCUCUUUUGAUCUCAUCCUCGAUAUCCAGGGGUUACACUCACUUUCGCUCUCUGCACCCCUGGAAUAUGUCAUAGUAAAUUUGAAGGCACAUGAUGUAGCUAAUCAAUUGGUGUCAGGUAAAAAGACCUGACCAAUCACUAGGCUGAUUCUUGACCUUUGAAGGUUACAGAGGAGCGACGCCCA